AGGUAAUGAAGAUGAGUGUAUUGCGAGACUCGCUCCACUGUUCUGUUGGCUAGCCCGCAUGAUGCAAGAUUUCGAGUUGGAGAAUUGGUUGCCGCACUUUCACUACUGUGUUUCACCUAUUCGCGCCGCCCCUCGUCAACCACAACUUCCGCAAACAACGCGCCAUCUCAAUCUCGUGCGUCAACUCUUCUCCGUCUUCCUUGAGCAUCGCCAUACAAGAUCCACAACGACUUGGUCAAUUCCUGGCUCGAUUCCAUGCCAGACCCCUUGAUGACAGCGAUGGCGCAAGUCGAUCACACCAACACUCGCCCCCUUCCGGUGCUUCCUGCCGAGAUCAUCGCCAGGAUUCUGGACUUUGUGAGCAAUGACAAGCCGACGCUGGUUUCAGUCGCUUGCGCCAACAGGGUGAUGUUCGAGCAAGCCAUCAGAUAUCUCUGGUCUGAUGUCGGCCCCGACAACAAGCAGGUUGGCCGAAUGCUGCGUGCUCGCGACGGCCGUCUGCAGGUAUACGCCGCGCAGAUCACCAAAUUGAGCUUUGAGAUCAGCUCGGUGAGCCUGCUCCCUCCCCUGAACAACAUCCCUCUGCCCCUCCCCCAAUAUCUGGACAUCACGUAUGAUGGUGUCCAGGAUCCUCGUCGUCCACCCACCUCUCUCGUUGGUUGCCAUGUCUUGCUGAACCAUCUGAUUGUUCCUACGCUCAAAGGCCUCUACCUGCACCGACCCAUGCCAUCAGUCGGCAACUUUUCCACCGGUAACUUCCUGCCUCGUUUAGCUGAUGAGUGUGUCGGUCUUGAGGAGCUUCGUAUCGCCUCUGCCGUGACUGGUGCGACACCUUCGGAACUUGUCAAGCUGCUCGACUCCUGCCAGCGUCUGGACCAACUUUGGUUGGCGACUGCCGACACCGACAAUCUGAUCGACGAAUCCAGCUUCAAGCACGUAGCUUCCCAUCCUUGUUUAACAACGGCGACAAUCCAUUCGGAUACUUCCGCGUGCUUUGGAAUGAAGAUCGAGGCCGAAUCUCUUAUCAUGAUACUGCCACAUGUACCAGGCAUUCAGUGGUUGUUGACUGUCCUCGGUCCAACUUCCAUCUUCAAUGCGCUACGCUAUCACGAUCAGCUGUCGCACUUGAUUAUCGAAUACCCUCAAGAGCAUCAUCUGAGUGCCAAUGACUUCGCAGCUCUCGCUCACCUCACCAGUCUGCGACGACUCGACAUUCGUGGCCAAGAUACUGAAGAUCUCACCGAUGUCCAUGCAGACAUUUACUGCAACUCUGCCCUGAUCAACACCGUGGCGGCACUGUUUAACCUAGAAAUCCUCAACCCCAACAUCAAGUUCGCUUCCUGGGACAUGGAACUUCUCGUCUCUAUGGGAAUAUCUUGCCGCUCUCUCAGUACCUUAAUUGUUUGCGGUGCUUUCGAUGUCUUGGUUCUCGACGGCAUCACCGCAAUGGUGCUGUUUUCGGAGCUGCUUUCUCUGGAACUCAGUUGCUUGUAUGACUUUGCCGGUAGUCCAAGAGUCAACGACAGAGUCAAGAAGCUUGUUUCUAUCAUCAAGUAUCACGCACCGAAGCUCGAGACGUUCAAAUCCGCUGGUAACGAGUUCUCCAAACUUGUCCAAACUACAUGGGGAGAUCUCAAGGAGAAUUGA